UCAGUCGCACUUUAAGACUGGUAGACAUGUUUUACGAAAAGAGGUUUAUUUUUCUACUCUUUGACGGUGUCCAGACGAAGUGAGGAUUUUUUGCUUCAGCGACCUUCGUCAACUUCGUAUUCACAGUGUUCUGUUUCAAGUAAGAAAACAAUGAGCGAGCUCAUAUCGACAGCUCCAUUGUACACAAGAGAUCGGGUCCACCAAACGAAAAUAGGGAAUAUUCUGUGUACUGGGAAAGGCUGUAUUGGCUGUGAUAGAAAGUUUCAGACUGGUGAUCAGGACUUGUCGGAAAUUUUAGGCGAGGUCGAUUUGGUGGAUUUUGACAAACAGGAGCCUCGGUUUUUAGCGACUUCUUCCUGUGCAAGAGGAUUUUCACAUAACUACGACAAACACAAUGACGGUCGGCAUGGAAACACAGCAUUGAUGCGAGCUAAAACAAAGAAGGGAAAACUUCUCAGCAGAUCGAAACUUCGAGUGCAAGAGCGAAAUAUUACCAAGGAUAGUGUAAAAGUUAAAGAAAGAGAUUUUCAGCCCGCUAAAAAUAAAAUGAGUAGGCCAGAGUCAUUAGCUGUUGAUCAAAACACAGAUACUAAUAGACGUUGUUACGGAAAAACUGUGAAGACUUCGGCUCAGUCAAAUCACAAAACAAUAGGAAAUAAAACUGUAUCUUUUUCGGCCCCUCUUGUUAGGCAGGGGACGUUUACUCUUGAAGUUAGUGAAACUGGAAAAUCAGGAACGAGUCAAGAACGUAGAAAUAACCGAAAACAAUCGACUGCUCCUCUGCAAACCAAUGGUCAUCACUGGAGAUCUCGGUCUCACCUCUCGAUAGCGGUUGAACCAGACACAAAUUUCUUGAAAGUCAGGCAGGGGGCGUCCACUCUUAUAAAUGGCGAGAAAGGAAUAUCAGAAAAGAGUCAAGAACACAUGAAGAACCGUAAACAAUCGACUGCUCCGCUGCAAACCAGUAAUCAUCACUUGAGAUCGCGAUCUUACCCUUUAAUGCCAGCACCGAAAACCAAUUUCUUGAAAAUGCUUCAUAACAGCAGUGUAGGAAUAUUUGACAUCAAGUCAAUGAAAAGCAAAAAGAAGUCUAAGUGGGUGAAAAAAGUUUUGAAAUCCGGAGUAAAAGAGGAAGAGAUAUUUCCUCAAAUUGAAGGUAGGAAAACCACGAGAGGCGGCAACAGAAACUUUAAGACAGCUAGAAACAGCCAAGAGGAAAGCACAUCAAAUUUACCUCAGAGACCUAACGAAAAAUACAGAAACAAGGAAAAAGACUUAAAAAAUAUAUCUUCGAAAGACAAAGGGUUUUCAGCUUCGGAAGAUGAUCGUCAAUGUUCGGUUCUUGUGAUUGAGCAUUCCCACGACGAAAUGAACACAAAAGAUGAGAGUUUAUACAAGCUUGGUUUCACAGCACAACGUAGUGAAAGAAAGAAGAACUUUCCCGACGUUUCAAUACUGGAAAUUGCCGAAAGUUUGGAAGGUUUUGUUCAGCUGGGAGUUAUAAAACUUAUCUGUCAAGAACACGAAGGUUGUUGGUAUAUUAUAGUGAGUAGCCGGAUUAUUCGUGAUUUUCUUGUUCAAAAUGGCGUAAAGAUGCGUGGCAGGAACUUCCAACUGAUCGAUUGUACGAAAAACUCAUAUUAAUCAAUGAUCUCUGCAAUCUGAUGGGCUCUCAGCAGUGCGAUUUGUUCACGAAUCGCUCCUCUCUUUUCGCUCUAAAUCGCAUCGUUUUCUCAGCUUGAAGAGAGCAACACCAAAGCAAAACUCUCAAUCAGCAACCGUACAGCAACCGAGUCUGGCCGUUGAGGGAGCCUGGAGUUAGAGCCACCUUCACGCGCCAUUGUUGGAAACCUGGUUGCCGGCUCCUACCCUAGCUGCCUGUAGAUUCUAGGGAGAUUACAGUAAAUGAUCCUCUCAGUCUUUCAGUCAGCCUUUCCUGCUUUUUCGAAGAAAUAUUUAGGAAUAAACUUAUAAAUAGACUGUCGUUUUUGGAACUGUCAUUUUGUCAGCAGUUUUUGAUUUUUCAUCUCAGUGCCUUUCCCAGCUGUUGCAUUUGCUAACACGGUGAAAUAUGUGUAAAAAAGGUAUCACGUGCACUUAUGUCAAAUGUACUCGUUAUUACGUGCACUUCAUUUUAACCAUUUACAUCCCAACACUGAUCAGAAUACAUACUCUUCAUACCGU